AUGCGCAUCAAACUAUCGGAUGAUAUCAUUGGCCAGUCCAUGAAAACGGCAACGCAUUUGGUCACGCGCGAGUUAUUUGGAGAACAGGCGAUGGCGAUUGACAAAGCCGCCAAGAAAAUCAUGCUGAACAAGGUCAUCUGGGACUCGGUACCACGCUGCUUUGCGCCCAAUGCAACGUUUGAGGAUUUUAUCUCAAAUAAACAUCGUAAGGAUGUUGCGAAUGCGUUGUCGUCAACUCGCGGCAAAUUCGCUGAAUACGCGCGCAAGGGCGUGUUCCAUGCAUAUCGGCUUUUCCCUCCACUGCACAUUGCUGCACCCGCUAUCACCUAUCGCAAACGCUUGAUCGAAAAGAUCACACAAGAUGGAGAUGGUCUCGCUUUCAUGCACGUUUAUAGCUUCGAUCAAAACGGACAGGUCGAAAUCAAAGCUAAAUUCCAGAAUGCGUUCAUCAUGUGCAACGUUAUCCGUUUUGUUUGGCAGGGGUUGCACCAAGAGUUCCUCGGCGAGACUGAGGAACAGCAAAUCGAAAAUCUGAAGUUCAUGUGGGCACUCGCCGGCGCAGCGAUGUUCUGCAGCCUCGACGAACAGUUCGAAGUCCAGGUGAAAGUGGAUAGUUUUGGAGGAAUGGGAUCCAAUCGCAAGUUCCUAUAUAUCCUCAGUGCGAUGAACAACCUUUCCGGGGACGAGCGAGUACAGUUUCACAACUUUUUGCGGUACGUGUUAGUGAUUGGACCAUCGCAGGCACCCUCGUAGAUUCUAUCAGAUAGUAGUUUUCGAUUGUACUAGUAAUACUGGAUAACGCAUUUAUUGUACUGAUAAUCUCACAUCGC